UCUCCCAUCUCAGAAUCGGGAGAAUAUCCAAAUUGAAACUCUAAAUUCCUUCCUCUCUCAAUCCCUCCAUCUUUCCCCCAAAAUCAGCAUGUACUUCUGCUUCUCCGUCGCUGCUCCAAUCCGCUCGAAACCACGACGUCACUACAGAAAUUACAGCGGUGAGGUUGCCGCCUCCGUCUCCUUUCACUCUAGCUUCUCUCCGUUGAGCCGCCGUCGCCGUCACUACCCUAUCUUUCCCUCAUCUCUGCCAUAGCGCCGCUGCUGUCCAAGAUCUGUCGGCAUCGUCGCUGUCGAGUCAGCCGCCGCUGCUUCAGAACGAGACAGCCGCUGAGAUCCCUGCUGCAGCACACCAUGGAGGAAGAAGAUGGGGAAGUCGACUUGGCUACUGAUCAAAAGCCGGCUGGAUCGUCAUGACAACUCGGAGUAUUUGGAGGUAUCAAGAACAGCAACUUUACAUAACAAUACGUUUGGCCAUGAUAUACAUGCUACCUUUGAUUUGAAUGGGUCACGUGUACUACAAGUUGAGGAAGUGAAAGUUGCGAACUACGAGAUUAAUCGCACCAUAUCAACCGUAACGGGAUUGGGCCAAUUGAGAAACAUUUUGGCACGUGGGAAAAAAUUGAGCUAAUUCCGUCAUCCAUCCCGGGGGCUAAAAACGCACCCACAUCUAGGCCGGCUCCUAAACUUAAGGUGCACGAUUUUCUCAAAAUCCAUACCAAAGAAGGCCUCAAUACUAACCCAUCUUCCAACCUAGCCUCAUCCAAACCGUGGAAAACCAUAAUCAACCCUAAAACUACCCAUCUUUUAUUACCAUCUUCCGAACCGUCACCUACGAUAAAACCCAUGUCCAAAACUAACUCAUCCCGACCCUCUCGGCCAUCCAAAAAUCCCACACUCCCAAACCCUCAAGCCAAAGCCGAAAACCCAAACAGAAAUACACCCUCCCCACCCCCUCCCCGGAAUGGAUGGCGAUGAUGGACCGCAACGUCAUACAAGAACCUAGCAGAGAAGGCCCAUCUCAUACCUCCCAGGGGUCCGAGAAAGAUACGACAAAUCCUUGGGAGAAGAAAAAGAAGAUCAUGGCGGAUAUGCUUAAGGAUGGUCAGCCAAAGCCUUCGAAGAUCGCAUGGGACUCGCCCUGAUUGGGAAGUUCUCACACUCCAUCCCAGCCCCCCACUUGAUUCGCAAGGCCCUCUCAAAUUUCAAACUGAAAGGUACGCUAAGUUGGAAUUUUAUUAAUGCAAAGCAUAUCCUCAUUACCCUUUCUGAGAUUGAUGAUUACGUGAAAGUUUUAUGUGGAGCUAGUAACAAUAAUACUUGGUUUAUUGAACACCAUCCAAUGAGGAUUUUAAAUGGACUGCUGAUUUCGACCUAUAUUUUGAGACUCCCAUCCCUGCUGUUUGGUGUAAUCUGCAUGCUUUACCUAUACAUCUUUUUGAAGAAUCUAUGCUAUUUUCCGUUGGUAAAUUGUUUGGUGAACCCAUAUAGAUUGAUCAUAACACUAUCACACGCGCACGAUUGUCAUAUGCACGCAUUUGCAUUGAAAUAGACAUCUCCAAGCCUGUGCCGGAAAAAUACAUACUCCGACUUGGGGGAAAGGAUGUGACAUUGCAGGUGAGGUGGGAUAAGAUCCCGCACUACUGUUCAGCCUGCAAACAUGUGGGACAUUUAGAGGAUCAUUGCUACGCUUUUGGAAAGAAUCUGGCCCUACCCAAGAAAGACUUCUCCAGACCGGCACAACAGUAUCAGAAUGAGAUGAGAGGAGGACAAGGGGAAAGAACCGGGGAAAGCAAAUUACAGAGAAGACAGAGGCAGAAUCAUGCUGGAACCGUGUAUGUAAGAAUGGCAAUGUUAUGAGCGUCUCAGCGGCGCAGGGACAUAAUAAGAGAGGUCAGGCAACCAGGUAUGAAUACAGAGUGGUGGCGAACCGAAACGACAACCAUAGUAGCAGUCUUUAGACUCGAGAGUCCCCUGUUGUCCCGAACUCGGGCAUGCUUGCCCUACAACCUUCUGGACAGGGAAAGAUACAUAAGACGAAGAGAAGUCCGGAAAGCAGAGCCAGAUAUAGAGAGAAAAGAAGGCUGAGGCGGCUAGAGGAGGUCGAGGGUCGAGCCAUGUGAGAUACCGAGGGCUCGGAGUUUGAGACGGACGACGGUGGGGAAUCGCAAAACAGACCACGAUCACUCUCACCCACCUUUAGAGGGAGCCGUUUGCCGGGUAGUGAGAAUCACAUGGGACUAGGGGUCCAUAGUAAUAGGUUUGUUAUUUUGGUGGAUGAGGAGCUUGAGACAGAGGCGUCCAUGACCUUAGUUCUGCAUGACGGGAUCGCAGAUGCUCAUAUUAUUCACGAGGCUAGAAGGGCAAAAGGAAUACGGAAUGGGGCUGCUAGAAAUGGGAGCUCACCGAUGGAGAUCGCUAGUGAUGGGGAUCACCGACCUGUGAUUGAAGCAGCGAUGAAGAAAGCGUUUCUACCUUGCUCAAAACCUGAUUUGUUCUCCAUGACGAGCCAGUUCCUAGUGUGGAAUGUUCAGGGUGUGGCGAAUGCCCGCACUAAGAGAAAUCUGAGAUAUCUGAUUCGAGAACACAAGAUUUUGUUUGCAGCAGUGAUUGAACCACAGAGGACACCACCAGCUUUAGGGAGGAACUUUCAGGACCUUCGAUUUGCGGGAUCCAAUGAAAGUGGUCAUAUUUGGAUUCUUUUCCAUGAGGAUUGGACAGUGGAAGUGGUUGAUGACUCGAGACAGGCCUUACACGUUAAGAUCUAUGCCGCAGUCUUCCCUUUCCCGAUCUACAUCACCAUAGUAUAUGGGCGACACACAAGAGAGACGAGACAGGCACUUUGGAAGAAGUUGGGAGACAUCUCGCUGUCUAUGGAGGGAAGGCUGUGGCUUGUGGGAGGGGAUUUCAAUAUGUUCCUGGCCAAUGAAGAGAGAAAGGGGAGUGACACGGACAUGCACAGAGACAUGAUGGACUUUGCCGGUGCUAUUGCCGAGUGCUAGCUGAUUGACCCAGGUUUUGAUGGACCGAUCUUCACGUGGCACAGGGGUGGCUUUGGGAGAGGUUGGACUGCAUCUUGAUUGGAGAGCAUUGGACAUCGGUGUUUGCUACGACGAGAGUGACAUAUUUCCGAGAUUUAGCUCAGAUCAUGCGCCACUUUUGGUGCGAUGUCAAUUCUCUGUCCAGACCUAAGGAACA